UAUUCCUCUGCCUCCUGCCUCUGUUCUUGGCGCCUCUAUAUCAAUCAUUCUACUAUCAUGUACUAUCAAUAUUCUUCUUCUUCUUCAUCACAAACAUUCCCCUUCUGAUUCCAAAUUCUACAAUGGCUGAAGCUUCUACCACCUCCUCCACAACACGCUCCCCUAGAAAACAGAGCAAGCCCAAGAAACCCAGAGACUGCAGCAAGCACCCCGUCUACCACGGUGUUCGGAUGCGAAAUUGGGGCAAAUGGGUUUCGGAAAUUCGCGAGCCUCGCAAAAAAUCUCGAAUCUGGCUCGGCACCUUCGCUACGCCGGAAAUGGCGGCGCGUGCGCACGACGUCGCCGCCUUGUGCAUUAAGGGCAAAGCAGCCAUUCUUAACUUCCCAAAGAUUGCUAAAUUGCUCCCUAGACCAGUCACGCCGACUCCACGUGACAUCCAGGCCGCGGCCGCAGAGGCCGCGGCCAUGGUAGACUUCGACUCUGUUUCCUUUGACUCGGAAGAAGUAACAGAGGAAACAGAGUCGUCGGAGCUGAGCGAGAUUGUAGAGCUGCCAAAUAUAGAAGAAAAGAGCUUCGACUCGGUGGACUCGGGGACUGAGUUCAUGCUUCUUGACUCGGUGGACAGUUGGGUGUUCCCGCCAAUGGCGGCUUCAACUUUGUCGGAAAUGAUGAUGAUGUUUGAAGCAGAAGACAUCUCUGCCUCUGAGUGUGUGGUUCCAAUUUGGGGUUCUGUUUAGUAGAAACAUGAAUCAUUCAGUUCCAAAGUGUUUGGAGGUGUUCGUGAGUGUUGCCUCAUUUUGCUAUCAUAAUCAGAUGUUGCCAUCAAUGGCUGAUUCGUUAUUUUUGGUCUAACUGUAAUAUAAUGCUUGCUUUCUCUGUUUCCUUCCUCUUCUUCUACAAUGAUCUUCUUUGUUCUGAGAAACUUUCCUAUGAUCAAAUGAUUUAAAUCUUAAUAAUGUAUAAAAGAGGUUUUUAAUUUUUUUUUAUCCUAAUCUUAAUUAUUGGAAUCAUGAUGAUAUCACUCAUAUCAUCAGUGUUUACUCUCCAAUGCUUAUAUUGUUAUGUCACUGAU